UGGGCUUGUAAAUCAUUUUAGAACACUUCAACUUUCCUCUCCCGUUAACUACAUUUCCGCCCGCCCCUUGCGAACCCUAACUCUUCUUCACGAUUAGCCUUCCGCUCUCCCUGGAGCUACUGAUUCUAGCCGUCGAAGAAGCUUCGGUCGCAGUUCCAUCCUCUCCCCCCAUAGCUGUGAUUCCCAUUGAUGAAUCUCCGGUAGUAGGUUCCAUUUGCAGCGGCGACUUCAUUAUUUUUCUUCUCUCUCCCUGGAGCUGCGAUUCUCGUCGAAGUUCAAUCGCCCGGCCUACACAGCACCAGUUCGGUAACUUGCAGCACCAGUUCGGUUCCUUGAAGCUUUGGUUACGCACAGUCACAGUGCUUUUCAUAAUUUUAAAAAUUUUAGCAAUAAUGGCUCUUCAGCAGUAAUGGCUUUUGGGAAAUUUGGUUUUUCAAGCGUCCUCCGUUGGUUGCUUAUAAAUACUGUUGCGCAGCUCUUCGGUCUAUUUUCCGGUUUUGCCUUGUUCUACUCUGGCUGGAGAGAUUGUUGGCAGUUUGAGCUGAGCGAGUUUCAUAUGGGGAAAUCAGAAGCGGGCAUUGAUUUGCGUGAAAAGGGACUUGGAGUCCUUUGUUGGUGUUCCCUUGCCUGCAGGUUUAGACCCCAAAUCAAAUGCCUUGAAUUUCAGCUCCUCAAACUGCAGUGUCUGAAUGCAGACUUCAGCAACAUUGACCUUAGUAAUAGUUCGAUUAUUUGUCUGAAGAAGCUCAUCAUCCUUGCCAACAAGCAAAUCCUGUACACCUCCUUCUCUGUCUUGCAAGCCCCCGGCUCUAAUAAUGGUAUGUGGGAUUCCAUAUACAAGAUUUGCACAGGCCCCUUUAUUGUACAAAGUGGCUGGACUUGUGCAUAAACCGCAAUCUUUGUUUUUUUAUUAAUGAUGUCAAAGUAAUCAUCCUCAUGAAUAAUAUUUGGUUUUCCCAUUUUCGGGUUGAAAGGUUAGCUUGGAAGUGUUAAUUCUUUCAUAGAGAGCCAUUCUCCUUUAAUGAAGCAAGUUUGUGGAAUUUCUAGGAUGGUGUCAUCACCAAAAGGCGAGCUGCCUCCAAGUUAAAUAGCUGCUCAUCAAGUCCAGUGACUGAUUCUUGUUUAAUAUUCUUUUUUUUUUUUGGCGGGGUAUACCCCUUUAAUAAUGUAUAGUGUAGUAUGUACAUUUACAUUUAUGUGAGAAUUUGAGAUAUAAAUAAAAAUGUUUGAAAUUUCGGUAUUAUUAUUAGUAUUAAAUUAUAUAUAUAUAUAUUCUAAUCA